UUUGCGCAUGCGCCCCUUCCGGAGAGGCUACCUGACAGCAAGAACACUCGGCCCGGGGAUUCUGGAGUGACGUCACUGCCUUCUGACGCCGAGCGGCGCGAGGCGACCUGCUUUUUUGCGGGGAAGGUGCAAAGCCGGGAAGGCUCAACGCUCCGAGUUGUUUUCCCUUGGAGAGACGGGCAAGAAAGACAUAACCUGGUGUUGGGUCUCCUUGUUCUCCUGCAGCGGUUGAAGGAUUGCAGCUUUGACUUCGUUUCCACCAUGCCUGGAAUGGUGAUGUUUGGGAGGCGCUGGGCUAUCGGCAGUGAUGAUUUUGUUUUCCCUGGAGCCUUUGAAUUAUUCAUCAGAGUGACUUGGUGGAUCGGAAUUUUGGUUUUGUAUUCCAUACACAAAGGAAAAUUUAACUGUACUGGAGGUGGCUUGUUGAACAGUUACCUUCUCAUCCUCCUUAUCCUCUUGGCGUUCAUCAUAUGGGCUUUGUCAUCUAUUGUGUACAUCAGCAUGCAAGGAACCAUUUCCAACCCUGGACCAAGAAAAUCACUUCCCAAACUUCUGUACCUCCGUCUGGCCCUCUUUGUACCAGAGCUGGUCUGGGCUGUUGUGGGAAUCAUAUGGGUCGCUGACAGCAGAGUAAACUGUGAAAGGACUAUGAUAAAUGCCAUUUUUGGGACUGUCAUUGCCAGCUGGGUGAUCAUUGUCUUUACCAUCGUGGGUAUCAUCAUUAUCUUUGAUCCCCUUGGGAGGAAGAUGGUCUACCUGGCUAACCACUCUAGUCGCGAUCUGGAGAGCAGCCAGUCGGGGCAGCUGCUUUAUAACAUCAAGAAGUCGGCAACUCGAGUCUGGGAAAAAAGAAUCCGGUUGCUGUGUUGCUGCAUCAUGCAAGAUGACGAUCACCGAGUGGCUUUCACGAGCAUCGCUGAACUUUUCCGUUGUUACUUCUCGGACACUGACUUAGUGCCAAGUGACAUAGCCGCCGGCCUGACCCUGCUGCACCAGGAGCAAGAUAAGGUGGAAAGUUCAAGAGACCUCGAUGAAGUUCUGACUCAGUCCCCGUCGUCUCCUGCAGUGAACGAUUUGGAGGUUGAAUUAGAAAACGCUGCUCAUUAUAUGAAGUUUGCUGCAGCUGCCUAUGGCUGGCCCUACUAUCUCAUGACAAAGCCUUUCACGGGUCUCUGUAAACUGAAAGGGUUUUGUUGUAGAAACAGCCCAACGCAGACGGAGAUCAUUGGCAACGACUACCUUAACAUGAACUUUGGAUCCAUGUUACAAAUAACAGGACUGCAGAACAGAGAUUUCAUCCACAUCAGCUUUCACAAUAAAAUUUUCGAGAUACCUUUCUUUGUGGCCUUGGAUCACCAGAAAGAAGCUAUCGUUAUAGCUGUGAGAGGAACUUUAUCGUUUGAGGACGUCCUAACAGACCUCUCAGCAGAAUGUGAAAACCUAACUCUUGAAGAUGUCCUAGAAAACGGUCUUGUGCAUAAGGGGAUAACCCAGGCUGCCAAUUACAUUUAUGGAAGACUGAUCAACGAUGGGAUUUUGAACCAAGCGCUUACCAUUGCUCCAGAAUAUAAACUCGUUGUUGUUGGCCACAGCUUAGGCGGGGGGAGUGCCUCCAUCUUGGCUAUCAUGCUCAGAAACUCUUUUCCCAACCUAAGAUGUUACGCUUUUUCUCCACCUGGGGGUUUGUUAAGCAAAUCCCUUGCAGACUACACAAAGCAGUUUAUUGUGUCGGUCAUCGUGGGAAAGGACGUCGUUCCCAGGUUAAGUAUGCUCAACUUGGAAGAUCUCAAAAAAAGGAUCAUUAGAAUCGUUGCCAACUGUAACAAACCCAAGUACCAGAUUCUCUUACAUGGGUGCUGGUAUGAAGUCUUUGGAGGAAAACCUGAUAACUUCCCAACAGAACUGGAUGGUAGAAACCAAGAUGCUUUGACCCAGCCUCUCCUAGCUGAAGAGAACUUGAUGGUCCACCAUUCUCCUUCGUACACUACUUUAGAUGACAAUUCCCCUUUAAGUUCUGGCCCUCAAUAUCCUCACUUGUUUCUUCCUGGGAGAAUCAUCCAUAUUGUUGAAGAAAACAGCACAAGCAGGUGGUUCUCUUCCGAAGUCAAAUAUUCAGCAAACUGGUCAAGAGAAACUGCCUUUGGUAAUAUUUUAGUAAGCCCCAAGAUGAUAACCGAUCAUUUGCCAGACGUAGUCCUUAGAGCUCUGUUCAGCUUGCUCGAAACCAAUACAGCUUGCCUUUCCUGCCAAACACAAGGGGACACCUUUCUGAAUGCUGUAUAAUUGCAGAGAUCGGACAAACAUAACAUGACUGUUUCCAGGCAUUCACAAGAGCAGCCUUUAGCAGUUCAGCUCAGUAUGUCUGAAGCAGAAACCGAGGCAAGAUCUUCAGAAGUUUCUGGAUGACGUUGGGUUGCAGUAACGUCUUCUGGACUGCUCUGUUAAUGGGAGCCUUUUAAAGCUGAGGUGUUUCGUCUUGACAGAAAGAUGUGAUUUGAAAAUGAAGUUUAAUAUGUCACGUCUGACCAGGGACUGCUGUGACUGAGAACAACCCAAAUGAUGGGAGACGGAGAGUGGUGGUUGAUGUGAUCCUAAAGAUCCAGAACUUUAGAUCCAACUGAUAUGCUACAGGUUUUUCUGAAACGUGUCCUCAAAACAGUUCCCUAUGGCAUAGUGACAUGUAACUGCAGGUUUAUGAAGUACUUGUAAAUGUGUAAGUAAAUCAGGAAUGUUGGGGAAAAUUAAGUUCAAGACAUCACCUACUUGGAUAUGCAGUGAUGAUCCCUUGCCAGUUCUUACGCUUCUGUUGAUGAUCAGAAAUGUCUUGGUUCUCUUUCUUCUGCAAAGGAAUUAGCAUUUCAGAUGCUUUUCACGGACUGAACUCUAUUCUUGGAUAUAUGUGCAAUUAUGUCUACUUUUGUUUACAGUUCUUUAACCCCGCUAAAUGUGCAAUUACAGAAAAUUUAAA